AUGGGGAUUGAUUUGGGAGUCGUGUUGCUGCCGCUCCCUAUUGUCUGGCGACUCCAAAUGUCGAGUCGUAAAAAGACCGGUGUCACUGCAUCGUUCGCCAUAGGUAUCCUAACGGCCGGUAUCAAUCUUGGCCGCAUCAUUCAGACCAAGUUGUGUCCAGCUGAUGAUCUAAUUUACUGCCUCAGAGACUCCUCUAUUUUUAUCAUGGCGGAGAUGACGGCUGGAAUAUUAGUAGCCUGCGUACCAACAUUUGGGCCCUUGUUGUUUCGUGGGCGAAAUGUACGUUCAGUGCAACCACACGAUUUACCCACAAUUGGGUCAGUUCGAAUCCGCCCUCGUCCAGCAAAAUUCGACUCUCUGCUUUCCACGCUGGAUCGCAGUCACCAUGAUGGUGGAGACCGAGGCAAUACAAAGGAAGUGGAGUCCGCGUGUGCCCCCACACAUACCGGGACUGGGAAUGAGAGUGAAACUCCAGAGACAGGGAUUUUGGUGACGCGCGACCUCGAUGUGCAUAGUCUGAAUAUUCUACCUCGAGUGUCAGAGACUUCCACUGUUUGA